UGUUAAGUUCGAAACCUUCUUGAGUUUUCCAUUUCAUGUAGUUAACAGGCUAACAGACGAAAUGGCAACAGUUGUUGAAAAACUAAUAUUUUUCGUCUGCAUUUUCUUCCCAAGACUAUUUUAUUAUUAUAUUGACGCUCUUAUAUCAGCAUUUAUUCCUGCCAAGCCCAAGAGUAUUGCCGGGAAAAUUGUACUGGUCACGGGGGCGGGGCAUGGAAUUGGCAAGGAAAUCGCCUUAGAGCUUGCACGAAAAGGAGCUAAGUUAGUUUUGUGGGACGUAAACAAGGCUAACAAUGAAGAGACAGCUACAGAGAUCAGAAGUAUGGGAGAAUCGGCUACAGCAUUUGUUGUUGAUGUCACGAAAACUGACGACAUCCACAAAACAGCUGAACAAAUGAGAAGAGAAAUAGGAGAUGUAGAUAUACUGGUGAAUAAUGCUGGGAUUUUAUAUGGUGGAGAACUCUUAAAACUUAAAGAGGCUCACAUAAGAAGAACGUUUGAAGUCAAUACAUUAGCACAUUUCUGGACAGUAAAGGAAUUCAUGCCUGCCAUGUUGGAGAAGAACAGUGGACAUAUUGUUACCAUAGCUUCCAUGUCUGCUAAAUCUGGGACUGCAUAUUUAGUAGAUUACAGCGCUUCAAAAUAUGCAGCGUAUGGAUUUACAGAAGCUCUGCAAGAAGAAAUACUAAAACUAGGAAAAGAUGGAGUGAAAACUACAACUGUCAAUCCUAUGUUUGUUGCUACUGGUCUAGUUAAAGAACCAAAAGACAAGGUUUAUCCAAUUUUAAAACCAAAAGAAGUUGCCUUAGAAACAGUAAAAGGGAUUAUGUAUGACCAGGAAUUUGUUUACAUUCCAAGAUCUUUAAACAUAUCACUAAGAGUGGCAGGAUUAUUCCCAAGAAAAUUUCAAAGAUUUUUAAAGACCUUUGCAGAACAGGGAAUUAAGCCUCAAUAUGACCCACACAGCAAAUCAGAUUAGAUUCCCUCUAGUUUUUCAAUUCUAAAGAAAUAUUUUGAAUGCAAUAUGCAACCAGGUUUUCUAGUGUGCAAACUGUCAUAUGAAACAAGGAUUCAGAAUUUUUAUGUAGUUUUUU